CCUCGAGGCGGAGAAACGGGGGCGCGCUCCGCAUGGACGCGCACGGACGGGAAGUGGAGAGACGGAAGAAAGGACGUUGAAUAAACUUGCCAACUUCUAUCUGACUGGCUAGAAAUACAGUCGGAGACUAUGUUACAGCACAAUUGGCGUUUGAUUUCGAUAUAAAUUUUGCCGGCUAGCCAAACGCCCUGUCUGUAUUCAGUCACCGCUGUCUCUACUCGACCAGCGGACUCCAGCAGUUUUCAAACAGACUUGCUCAACCGACCCGGAGCCGUCCAACGUUAUAAAGUCACAUUUAUCUGCUAGUAAAGUGGUACUACAACCAGUAAAUUGUACUGACGAGACACACAACUAACUCGCUGGCUCAGCGGGACUCCGGCUUUUUCUCCUUGUGGGAAAAGUUGUCCGCGGUGGUGGUGGCGGAGGAGCCGCGGACGAGGCCUGCAGUUGAGGAGGCUGCGUGUGUGAGGACCGCAGCUGGCGAAUAGUAACUCACACGGCGUUAUUUAGCUAAACAUCCAGACAAACAUGUCGGCCCAGGCGCAGAUGCGAGCGAUGCUUGACCAGCUCAUGGGGACGGGGAGAGACGGAGACACCAUGCGGCAGAGAAUCAAAUUCACAGAUGAGCGGGUCUGCAAAAGUCACCUUUUGGAUUCAUGUCCUCACGACAUUCUGUCAGGCACCAGAAUGGACCUGGGAGAGUGUAUGAAAGUCCAUGACCUGGCCCUAAGAGCAGACUACGAGAUUGCCUCCAAGGAGCAGGAGUACUUUUUUGAACUUGAUGCUGCUGAACACCUUCAGUCUUUUAUUGCAGACUGUGACCGUAGGACUGAGCUGGCCAAGAAAAGACUUGCUGAGACGCAGGAUGAGAUCAGUGCUGAAGUGGCUGCAAAGGCUGAACGUGUCCACGAGCUGAACGAAGAGAUUGGGAAGCUGCUGGCCCGGGCAGAGCAGCUUGGAGGUGAAGGAAACGUAGAUGAAGCCCAGCAGCUACUGGAAAAGGUGGAGAAGACCCGGGCCUUAAAGAAAGAGGCAGAGGACGUGUACAGAAACUCGAUGCCAGCAUCCAGCUUUCAACAACAAAAACUACGGGUGUGCGAGGUGUGCUCAGCUUACCUGGGUCUCCACGACAAUGAUCGUCGGCUAGCCGAUCACUUUGGGGGCAAACUGCACCUCGGCUUCAUUCAAAUCCGUGAGAAGCUUGAAAAGCUAAGGAAAGCAGUUAUAGAGAAACAAGAACGAAUGCGAGUGAGAAGACGAGAGGAACGCGAGAGAGAAGAUGAAAGGGAGCGACAGUGGGAGAUGGAGCGGGAGCGAGAGAGAGAGCGGGAACGAGAGCGAGAAUGGGAGAGAGAACGAGAAAGAGAGAGGGAACGUAGGAGGUCAAGAUCUAGAAGUGGAGAUCGUUACAGGGAUGGAGGCAGUUCAUCUUCCCAUCAUUCAAGACGCCAUCACUCCUCUCGUUCAAGAGAAGAAGGUGGGGAGCGGGAUCGAGAGAGAGAGAGGAAACACCGACACAAGGACAGACAUCGCUCACGCUCACACUCUCACAGGCACAAAAAGAAGAGAUCCUCUAGAGAGAGAUCAACGCACACCCGCGACAGAGAGCGCUCGUUGUCCCAGGAGAGAUGGAGAGAGAAUGCGGCAGAUGGAUGCCGUGAGGACAGGGCGGAGUGCGGAGAAUGGGAGGACAGGGAGAGGUCCACCUCCCCGGACACGGCCAGGGGAAGGGAACGAGAAAGAUCCCUGUCGUUUGAGCGGGACCGACGCUCCAGCUCUGAGGAGCGAGAGUCUGGGGAGAUAUGAACAGGGGGGGAUGCCUCCAAAGUCUUUGAUUUGGAUAUAUUGUUUAGUAAAAGGAGCAUGGAGAGAUGAGAGUGAGUUGGUGCGGGUGUGUGUGUGUGUGUUGGCUUUGUAUGUGUGCUAGAACUGGGACAUGUACAUUAGAGCAGGGGUGAAUGGUGAAAACUUUACAAGGGGAUGAACAGGUUCAGCGGUGGCAGUCAAGGAAACAUGCAAAGCAACUUUUAUAAAACUGUGAGGCUAGAGUGACCUGGAACCAGUACAGUCAUAUUUUCACGCCAUCUUGUCGAUCUAUGUACAGUUGACGGUGAUGAGAGGUGACUGAGCGAAGAGUCAGAAGCCCUGCUUAAAGUCUGUUUUUAUUUUACUCACACAAAGUGCUGUUAUUUUUUUAUCAUUAGUUGGACAUUUUGUGUUAUUACUGUUAUCCUGUUCCAUUAUUGGUUUCAGUAGCUGUGGAUUUAUUCAUACGGGUGGGACUCAUUAAUGUGGCAUAACCCUCGCAGUGAUGUUUGAAAUGAGCUGUGAGUGACUGAAGGCACUACUGAUGUUUGUCUUUCAUUUGCUGCCUUCAAGCCAUAACAAUCUCAUUUGGGAAAUCUGAUACACAUCCUUGAGCCUGACUUUAAUUCAUGAUACAAUGGUGAGGCCCUAAAAUAAACUUAAUUGUUCCCCUAAAAGAAGCCCCCAGAUUUCCACUCAUUUCCUGACAUAUGAAGGCAUAUAGAUGAUGUGCAUAGUUACAUACUGACAGUUAAAGGCCCAGGGACUUGUGUCCUGCUUGCUGUGAUACAAUCUGGAUGUACAGGGAGGGAUUUACUUUCCUGUGCCACCAUAGAGUGAAUAAAAUUUUCUGCUUCCAUUCAAACACAA